AUGGAUGCUAUUACAGACCCAGCUGCUCUGGUGAAGGACGCGCGCCGCCCCCUUGCAGAACCUUCGAGGCCCCAACAGUCGGACAGAAAGUAUGAAAUUUUCGACACUGUUGCGGAGAGGGAGUGCCGCCCUGAUUUGGACAAGCUAGAUCGCAUCCCGGGUAAGAGUGACGCACCGUGCAGGGGAAAGCAAUCCUGCGGAGCCUGGGACGAGAUGGCUUACUACACGUCUGCGUUUGGUGAUAAAUCUGCAGCCCCUCUCAGAGAAAGACAGGAGGCUUGUACUACCAUUGCGGGCGAAAACGCGGAUGCCUACGAUCCCAACGCAUCCGCAACUGCUUACUUCUGGUCGCGUGGGAGGCGCGGCGGAGGCAGUUGCCGAACAACGUUCGCUGAGGCGGAUCAGAAGUCGCCGAAGUCCAAGGAAAAAAGAGUGACAGGCGACCAGGCUCAGGGACUGGGUGCAUUCCUGGAGGAAUCUACGUGUGAUCGAGAACAGGACGGACGGACGGACGGACGGACGUUGCAGCUGAACCUGGUGUAUGGCCGCCCACUAAGCCAUGCGGCCCGAUAA